CCCCAGCUUCGAUGUCCAACAGCCGAGGAGCGAAUAACAAAUGUGGCCGAGCACAUUCGAACAGCGAUACCAUCAUCUGCAAAAUUAUCAGCGUCUCCACCACCGUUACUGAUAACAACAGCAAACUUUGGCAGAAGAGCUGGUCCGGAACCACCAGAACCACGUUCGAAGCCGGUGACAACAGUGCAGUCAGAAGAACCUCUUACUGGAUUAGAAAUCGAUGAAUACGAACCUUAUGUCGAAAGCGGCAUGAAUGCUUCACCACCAUCAAUACGACCUCCUUCCAAAAAUCACGAUGUUCAGGUGCAGGUAGCACCCAGGUGA